AUGGUCACUACGGACGAUCUGUUUGAGGUGUUUGGAAAUAACAGAGGAAGUCAAGGCUUGUCUUCGAUCUGGAACAUUGCCAGAAGGGAUGUUGAGAUACCCUUAGGGUCUCCGACUGAGUUACUGCGGGACAAACAUGUUGAUUUCAUUGUAAAAAGUGGUGCAAACACUGAAGGAUACGUAAGUUGGUUUGUUAAAAUGUUUUUGUUUUAUAGGACUACGUAUUGAUCUUUGAUUGAUCUUUUUUGGUUGAAAAGUUUUGAGAAAUCAUUACUUUGAAGGUGAAUUUUGUGGUUAAGAUAACUUGCUUUUCAGAUUACUUUAAACGUAUUUCAAGAGUGUUUAAGUAAUAGCUUGAUAAGUAAAUUUAUUUUAGGAAUACAUUCUGACAGAGUAUCUGAGGGUAAGUGGAAUAUACUGGUGUGUUGGCUCUUUGGAUUUGGCCAAUCAGUUGGAGAAGCAAGACCAGAAGCAUAUCGAGAACAUAAUCAAGAUCAUAACCGACUCAAAGAACGAAGAUGGUGGAUAUGGAUCGGCAAAAGGUCACGACAGUCAGAUCUUACACACGCUCUGUGCUCUUCAGGUAAGCUUAUUGGCUUAUAGUUUACGGUCGAUUUUUUAAUUUUUUAAACUUUAAAUUAGAAUUGUUAUUUACUUUUUUAAUGUUCCAAAUAUGAGAAGCGUAUUAUAGUUAAAAGAAUGAAGCCUGAUAUUGUUUUAGGUAUUCAUAAUUUUAAAACGAUUGGACUUGGUGGACAAGAACAGUGUCGUAUCGUUUAUUCAGAAUUUGCAAAAUGAAGAUGGCAGUUUUUGUGGAGAAAGCAGAAACAGUAAGUUGUGGAUUAUAUGUUGUGGGAUAUCUUUAAUACUUAUGUAUUUAAUUGUGUAAGUAUUUUCUAAAAGUAUUGAUUAGAAAAACCUUAUUUCUAUAUGACAUUUUAAAAGAUGGGCAUAACGAGAUAAUUGAAUAUUGUCCUAGAGAUUGUAUAAUUCACCACAAACAGCGUGUCAUAAUAGGUGUGAUGAUCUAAUCGGACAAUGGAUUUGGUUGUGUAAUGUUGCGUCAUAGGCGUAUUUGCAGAAGAGGUUGAUACUCGAUUCACCUUUUGUGCUUUGUUGUCGCUGUAUCUGAUUGACCGGUUGGAUGCUGUGGAUGUUCGAAAGGCAGUAGACUUCGUCUUCAAGUGCUACAACUUUGAUGGUGGAUUUGGGACAAGACCGGGCUCGGAAAGUCACUCAGGCCAAGUAUAUUGUUGUGUUGGGACAUUGGCAUUGACUGGGUGUUUGGAGCAGAUUAACAUGGACAGGACGGCACAAUGGCUUGCUGAUAGACAAUGUCGGUCUGGAGGACUUUGUGGUAAGUAAAGUACUUGCUUUGAUAAACAUCUAAAAAGUUAACUACAAGAUUUACAUUACAUUUUACCACUACCUGACAUCAGAGUAGAGUAUGGUAACGCAUUUUACGAAGAUAUGAUACGAUGCUUCAUGUAGUGUAAUGUUGUUUCGUUUGCCGAAAGUGUCAUUUUGUUGAACAUAAAUCAAGUUCGCACUUUAUCGAUAGGUGCGCGGGAUUACUGUAACGUGUCUUUGCAGGCCGACCCGAGAAACUACCUGACGUAUGUUAUUCAUGGUGGGUGUUAGCGUCUUUGGCGAUGUUGGGAAAGCUGGAUUACAUUGAUAAGGUAAUAAGAGCUUUAACUUUUACUUGACUUUUAAUUUAUGAAGUUCUACGACUAAUCAAAAUAAUAUUGCUUUAGAAUGAUUUUUUUUAUUUUUUUCCUGUUCAUUUGUAUUAGGCUGUCUGGAAAGUCCUGGUCCUCAUUGAUUACCUACAUCCAAUAAAUUAGUUUAUGACAAUUUACAAAAUCAGAAACUUAAUAUAGCUUAUAAAAUGGCAAAUUAUUUAUUUAAAAACACUUUUUUUGUUUAAAAAGAGUUCUGGCUCAGAACUUUCUGAACAGUAUUAUGUAUUGCAGGAAUAUACAAAAUCUUUUCAUUACCUGAAGAAUAAAAGCUUUUUUUAUAAAAUGUUUUUGAAAUCUUAUAAUUUUUCUUUUAGGAAGACUUGACCAAGUUCAUAUUGGCAGCUCAGGAUGAUGAAACUGGAGGUAUCGCUGAUAGACCUGGAGAUAUGGUAAGUUUUUGUUUGAAUUUUCAAAAAUUAUUAUUAUAUUUACCCAUAUUAUGUUUCUUUUUGAAACGUAUUAUAACGUUCUAGCAAUUUUACCUAACUACCAAUAAAAGAUCGUUUCAGCCGGACCCAUUUCACACAAUAUUUGGACUAGCCGGUCUUAGUCUCUUGGGAUAUCCUGGACUAGAACCAGUCGAUCCAAUAUUUUGUAUGACGAAAAGGUCUCUGGGAGAGUUGAGCUUCAUGUAA